AUGAAACAAACCACCCUGAACCAACUCAAAAGAGAACAAGAGAUGAAGAAGAGAGAGUGGGACAAAAUCCAGCAUUCUAACCUUGAUUUCUUUGAUACCAUUAUUCUUUAUAAUGAACAAGAGAAAGCCAGGGCUUAUUUAUCAAUGAAAAUUCAGAAUAAUAAGUAUGAAUGGGUUGAAGACAAAGAGGCUGCUACAAACUUUGUCAUCACUCCAAUCUUCAACGACACAAGUAACAUCAUCAAGAACAACUAUGAAUGCUUCGUAGAUGACCGGAAGUACAGAGAACUGACUUUCAAGAGCUAUUUAGGCAACCUAAAGAAGCUGCAUGACAACCUGGAUCGUAUCAGGGCUGCUCAGAAGUUCCACCUGCCGAUUAACCAUGCCUUUAUUCUCAAGAGGAAGAACAAGGAGAAGAGUAGACAAAAGACCAAGCUGAAGAACCUCCCUAUUAUUGGGGAAGAGAACUGAGCAGAUGUCGUGCAGUGGCAGUGGGUCCGUAUGGGUGAGAACACCCAAGGAGAUUCUCCACAGCCAAGGAAACCAUACUACUUGGCUACACUUACCAAGGAUAAUAAGCUCCAUUAUCUUGGCUCAAAUCCUGAAGAAGGAGUCCCCGAAGCAAGCUUGUGGAGCGAUAAAGUCAUCAAGUACUGAGACAUCAGAUGAGAAAUUCGUGAGAAAUCCAAAAUCUCAACAGAUACAGAUAUUGCUCAGCAACAGCUCAUUAGUACUGACAGCUGGAUGAUCUUUGAUAGCCAGAACAGGUACAUCAACUGUUCCAAGGAAUUUCCAAACAUUUUCAAGCUAAGCAGGUCUAAGAAGCAUCCAAUUGUUACGACUGAAUACCAAGGAAUGGAUUACGAAUAUAUCUCACAAAUAAACAGUUUCGAGAUUAAAUAUUACCCAAAUGAAUCCAGAGUGCUGUUCAAGACAAAAUGCAAGCUCCACCACCUAUCUCAUAAUGCAGAGGCACGUGCAAAUAGGCCAUUCGAGGGAUUCAAAGAGAAGUAUCUAGCUUAUGAUGAAGAGAAAGACCACAUUUUCUUGUCUCCAGAGCUGUACUACUUCAGGGUUGAGUCUGAAGGAGACAACCUCCUCAGGGCCAACCUCAAGUUCAAGCUUGGAAUUGAUGGGACUUCACUUUAUGUAAGUAGUACUCCAUCUUCGACCUCAGCAGUCAGUAAGAUUGAAGUCACUGAGAUCGAUGAAAGAACUGAGAGUAACUUUAAGUUCCACUUGGCUAAAGUCCCAAAGCUUGGCUCAAACCUUGGAGGUAUUGAGAACGAGCUAUCCAGAGUCAAGCGAGAUUGGGACAAGAAAACUACUGUUUUGGAUAGACUCAGCAAGAAUAAAUUGAAAUAAGAUCUAUCACAGCUUGAAAAAAUUCCUCAUUUUUGUUCUGAAGCCUGCUUAUAAGAAGGAACCAAACUCUGUCAAGGAGUCAACUAAGCAAAACAGGAUGUGUAUUAAUGGUAAAUAACUGUUCUAAACGUGCUUCCAAAGCUCUAAAGAAGAGAUUUUUCCACUAUUACAAAUGGUGCUCAGUAGACGUGACUUUAAAUCAAUUUGUAGUAUCGCACUGAACUCUACAUAGAGGAAUACUAGAAUAUUGUAAUUUCAGACUUUGCAUUCCCUUUUCAGUCUCUCAAGCUGUUCAUAUAGGAUACAACAAUAUAAAACAAUUGAGUCAUUUGAACAAGAUCUAUAAUAUAGAAAGAGUGCUUCAUAUACUUCAGAAAAUCAGAGAUAUUCUAAACAAAAAAAGUUUUGACUGGAGCGAAAUCACAAAAGCUAUUAAAAGUCCUUACAACAAUUGUUGUGAAUAUAUAGCAAUUCUUGGUCUUGAGCAACCCAGACUGGAUUACUCAAGAGCUCUCCAAAGAGCUGCUAUGUUUAUCACAUUCGUUGGUCAAACUGAAAGCAACGAUUACAGGAGAAUCAUGAUAUUACAAAAGAUUGUUGAGCUAAACUACCAUUGCCUCAAACCAGCAGGCUCGGACUCUGAGAUCAAACAGACUAUUUAUGAGCUUGAGUCCUUUAAACCCUUCAUUGCUUAUGAACUAAAUAAAGGGUUUGAUAAAUGCGAUUUGAACAUAUUAUUUGGGAUUAUGACUAACUACUACAGAGACCAACAUUGUGUUUGGAAAAGCAAUACUUUCAACCAGAAAGCCUCAGAGUACAUUUCAAUGCAUCUUGAGGGAGAGAUCUCAAAAAUUUGAGAAAUCAAUCUUGAAAGAUGUGAGCAUAAUUACAAAGUUCUUGAAACAGAAGCUGAACAAUUUUACGCAAAUAACUCUCUAUACUUCAGAUCAAGACAAAAAGCUCUCCUAAUGUCAAAAGCCCAAUUGACAGCAUUGAGGGAACUAAUGUUUAUGGUAAUCUUUAGCACAAAUGCUCAGCCUGAUUACCUACACAAAAGCAAUGGCUCACAACGUGAGAAGACCAUCAAAAUCGUCGAAUCCUUGUAUAUGCAAUAUAAGGAAGAAACAACCUCAAAUUACCACAUCCUCGCUCUUGUAUUGAAAGUACUGGGAAGCUUCAAUAACUCUUUUAAGCAGGCGAACACUCUGCUUCAGAUAUCUCUGAAGAAAAUACCCCGUGGUAAAGACAAUCUCUCAGACCUUGACUCCUGUCUUUUCGUCAGUGAGACAUUUAGCCUCAUGAUUUCUAUGCUUGAAAACGAGCGAUAUCAAUCCAAAAUAAUGGAAGAGCUUAACAAAGAGGACUGAGUUGUUUUAUUCCAAAAUCUUAUGGAUGAACUGUCUUUCAAAAUCAGGCAUGCGAAGCCACAUGCGUGAGACUUCCUGAAGCACACCCAGCUUGAUGAUCCAGUUCUGAGAGAAAUCAACGAUGCAAUGGUUGAAGACACCUAUGAUGAUGUUGAUGUACUACUUGAGUCAUACGAGCGAGAAAUUAUUGUAAAGAUAUUCAGAGUCAUCUUCAUUAUCAUUCAGAAUAGCCGAAGAGGCGCCAAAAAUGCUGAAUCGCUUGCAAACAUUCCGCUCCUGGAAUCACUCAUUUUGGAUAGAUCUUCUCAAAACACUAUUAAACUUUUGAGACUAAUCCAGCAAGUGAUCAUCAAAUGGGUGAACUUUGAAGACGAGCAGAAAUCUUCUGAAUGAAUCUUCGACACUAUUUUUGAGAUAGACCUAAUCUCACAGAAAUUUCCUAAACAAUUAAAGAUAGUAAAAGGGCCGAAUUACAAUACUGAGGCAAACAUUUUCAAUCUGUGCCUCGAAGUCCUCCCAUUUUUCACCCAUUUGAAACGAGAGUACGAAGAGCCGCUUGCAUUCCUUGAGGCAGAAAUUGCCUCUAUGAAGUCAAAUAUUGAAGGACAUGACAGACAUUAUGAGAAAGAACAGGAAUACCACCAAAACCAUAUCCUAAUAAUCUACAACCUGAUCCUUCUUCUGAUCAAGAUCAAUGGGUUAGUCGAUCCAAAGGGAGAAAAUGACAAACAGUGUGACAAAAGACGAACAGAAUUCGUUAAAAAGUGCUAUGAAUACCUUAAAGAGGCAUCCCGGAUCCCGAUGCUUGCUAAGUCCAUGUGGACAUUCCAGUCAAAUUUCUUCACUCUCACAUGGGAAAACUCUAACAGAAACAUGCAACAUGAAGACUUGUUAAAUAAGAUUAUGGAUAUCUGAGACAUGGCAAAACUCAACAUCGACUCAUGCGCUUCUUUCAUGGAAGUAGCUGCCAAGCGAGGUCAGUUCCUCCCAGAAGAUGUGAAAAAGAGAAUCCUUGAAGGAGAAGAACUCGAUGAGUAUCGUAAAAUUUAUGGAUUAGACCAGAACUAUAUCAAAAGCAAACAGAAAAUUUUCGAUUACUUCCUGAUCCUUUGUAAAUACAGGUUUGAAGAGAACAACGAAGAUCAACUUCAGAGAAAAUAUAUAGGCCUCAAAAGCAUCGAAAUUGAAAAUGAAACUUUAGUUUCUUGGUGCGGACUGGAAAUGUACGAGUCAAGUCUUUGCAAAGAAUUCAUUACAGGGUUACUACAGGAUAUGAAAGACCUUAAAGGCGAAGAGCGAGAAAUAAAACUAACUUCAUUUCAAUUAUUCAUUCACAAGCUAUUCAAGCAGCUCCAAUCCAUCGAACCAGAUUAUGAAACUCAAAAAUACAUGCUUCAUAUGCUGACGAUGCUCUACAAAGCCCUCAACGACGAGCAGCUGAUGAGAAUAACUGAAGUAAGGGAGCUAUUCUACACAGAAUCUGCAACUGAUAUUCUAUUUUCAUUGAUCAUAAAGAACUAUGUCUUCCUUCAGUGAGCACCCAAGAUCAGAUACUUUGUGUACCUGAUAACCCUUCGUUUGGCAAGGAUAGACAUUAAAGCAGCCAGAAAAUCCUUCAGAGCCUGGACAAAUGAGAAGGAUAACAAGAAGGUUUUCUUCCAACGCAUCACUGAUAUCAUCACCGGCUUCGGUAAACUUUUUCAUGAAGAGUGCAUUCGAGAGAGAAUCAGCUUCGAAAUAGAUGCAACUGACUACAAAGAAAUGAUCCUUAGUCUCAAGUGGUUGACAAUUUUAUGUCAGAACGAGAAAAAGUGGCAAGAAUAUAUGAUCAGGCAGGACAACUCCGCUGAAAACCACAACCUGACUCUCCCCAUCAUCGAGCUAAUGAGGCUCACUGUGACAAGGCUUCAGGAGGAAUAUGUCGUUGACCUCUGGCUCUCAAUUGUUAGGUUCAUCACGCAAUGUAUCAGUGCAAGGAACAAGAAACAUAUCAUUGAAUUUGUGAAUUCUGGAGUUUUCAAUUACUCAAUCACCAUGCUUAAGACACAAUAUUCUGACACAGAGAAAAGAUUUCUCAAGAACAUCGACAAGGUCGACUGGAUUGAUAGACCUGAUGAGGAAGAUGAGAAUGAUCUCCCUGAAGAAGAAAACAAGCACUGGGCUGAAGAUGCUGUAAUUUUUAAGAACAAAUAA